CUCAGAUCAUCACAACUACCUUCCUCGAGCCAAAACCUGGGGGAAUUUUCUGAAUUUCGGGCACACGUUGAGGUCUUUCCAGCAGCUGUUCAUCCUGAAAGGCGUGAGAAACCUGUUUUAAACAUUGUCUGGUCGAGUAAAUGCUGUGAUGCGCAUGUAGGACACUUAAGAGACGGACUGCAUUAUAGAGCUUUAUAACGCUUUUCUAGGUGUGUCAUUUGGGCAAAAGAUCAUUACAGAAAAAAUGUCCAGUCCACUAGAGCGGGUGGUAGCCCAGAAGAAGGAGGCCAUUGAAUCUGUAAUGGAGAUGUUUGAGAAGGGAGCUGAGGUGCUGGCCAGCACUGUUGGCGAGUUAUGUCCUCUUUUCGAAGCUGCUGCACCAGUUUUGAGGCUGGUCUUGGACAACGUGGAAAGCAAGGAGAUCACAUAUGUCAAAGAUCAGUUUCUAGUUGUGAGGAGCAAAUUGGAUGUUCUCUCAUUCCAGCUGGGGGACAUCAACUGUGAGAUAAAGAAGAGUUGCUUGGAUUCUCAGUUCUUCUCUGUGGAGGAGAAUAUAUGCAACCAGUUUAGAAAAUUUAUGGACAUUCUGGAGGCCAAUCGUGAUUACAAAGAGGUCAGAAAACGUGUGUUCUUGCAGCAUUUUCCCAGAUCGGGAGGAGAGAAAAACCUCUACAUGCUUUAUGAUGCUUUGAUUGGGAACAGCACAUUUGGGGAGCCAAUUCUGGAUGUUGUGGAACAGUACGAGGCCAGAAACAGGAGGGUCCUGGAAGACUUCUGUGUAAGGUUGAAGGAGCUUCUCUGCUUGGGAAUAAUCGCUCUACUGGGAUAUUGUUUCCUCAAUCUGGGCGAAGAGGCAGAGCAGGAGAAGAUGCAAGAGUGGAGCACCAAGAUCCAAGAAAUUGAGAUGAAAAUGAAGGAAACCAUUGAGAAAUGUGUGAAUUCAUUUCCAGAGCAAGCUGAAUUGGACAUCAAGAGGCUUAUGAAGGAAAGAGAGGAUGGGAACCUCCAGGAAAUGGCCAGUGAACUGCUGGACUUCCUAGUCAAGAAGUACGACUGGGUGAGCUGGUCCAUCCGUGUCAUUACUAACUUGGGCAAAAUUCGUAACUGGAGAGCUGGAGAAAACUUUCAGUCUAUGGCCGGCCAGAAAUACUUUGAAGUAUCGCAAGGAACUGAAACCCUCCUGGUGGUGUCCUACUGCAGCAACCCUCAACCUGUGCCCAAUGAGAACAUAAAACAGACUAUGGAGGGUCCUGCUAAGAAGGGAGAUGCCAAAGCUGUAGUUGAGGUUCUGGAGAAGCAGUUAGCUGGGUUUUGGGUUCAUGCUGUCAGUCGUCACAAGGAGAGCUUUGCUGUGUCGAAUUUUCCUGAAGACUGCCACUACUGGGAGAAACAUAAGAAUGUGAAUCUGUGUGUGCAUUCAGAGUAGACAUAGAAAGGUGAUUCUGAAAGAGGAUCAUUAUUGUUAUAGGCAGUACUGAAUCAUUUUAAAUCAUGCUAGAUGUCCACAAAUAUACUAUUACUUUUGCAUUUUAUCCAUGGUCUAUGGAUUAUAUGACAUUGUUCAUUGUCUGCUUGCAAUCAACUGUCUCUAACAAACAUGAAGUUACUUAAUUUAUAGUGCAAAAAUGCAUCACAAAUUAAUUAUUCACACUUAUCUUAAAUAACCAUCAUCAUGUAUGUCUAAAAUAAAAAGGCCAUCUGUCUUAUAAUAUAAUAACCAUCGUGUUUCCUCAUAAACUUGUAUCAUGUUAUGCAAUAAAUGUAUUAUGUGUCUGUCUGAAAUCCUCAAUUUAAAGAAUA